AUGCGCGCGCGGUGGCUCGCGCGCGCGCUCGAGCGCGAUGGGCACGCGGUGUGCGUUGGAUGGAUGGCGAGACCCUCGAUCGAAUCCCUCGCGACGACCUCGCGCGCGUUCGGUGCGAAAACGGAUGAUUCGGACGGCGCCAAGGACGAGGUGGACGCGCGUUUGAGCUCGCGCGCGGGAGAGGGGGACUCGGGGGCGUCGACGACGGAGCAACAGCGACCGGGACGGGUGCGGAGCGAUAGGUUGUUCUACCCGGGACAGGCGUACGAGGCGGAGGAUCUCGCGGGGGCGAACGCGGGGACGAGAGGCGCCGCGCACACGGUGGCGGCGAAGACGGUGAAGCACCCGAUGCGAGGGAAGGCUGUGGAGGCGACGCUGUUGGAGCGGACGUCGUUCGAGGACGCGAGGUUUUUGACGCAGUUUGUGAGCGACACCGGGAAGAUUUACCCAAAGAGAAGGCUCGGGGUGAGCGCCAAGGCGCAGCGAAAGAUCUCGCGGGCGAUCAAGACGGCGAGACAGAUGGGAAUAUUGCCCUACACCAGUCGCCUGCCGCAAUUUCAGCGAUCGAAUAACAUGUUGUAG